AUGGAAUACGUCGGCCGUAUCAGCAAUCUCAUCACCACUGUCCAUCAGUUCUACAAUGACAUAAAUCCGGCCACACUGUCGGGUGCGAUUGACAUUGUCGUUGUCCGACAACAGAACGGUGAACUUGCUUGUUCCCCGUUCCAUGUUCGGUUCGGCAAACUUUCCUUAUUAAUGCCUCAAGAGAAAAAGGUCGAGAUCGAAAUUAACGGCCAGGUAAUACCGUACAUGAUGAAAUUGGGUGAGGCUGGCGAGGCCUUUUUCGUCUUUGAGACAGAGCAUGAAGUACCUGAAGAGUUCCAGACGUCGCCCAUCAUGCAAGCUGAAGAAGAGACCCAAGAAGAUGAGGAACCGCCCUAUCUCGAUAUUGGCGAAUCGAAAACCCCCACAAAAGAUCAACAAAAAUCAAAUGACGUAGCAGCAGAUGGCUUCGAUGACGAAACAGACAAGAAGCACACAACAUUACGGAUCCCAGCAGAACUUCAGUCGCCCAAAAUGAUCAUUGAAGAGCAAGUCGAUAAAGUCGUGACAAAGAUGGACCCAUUCCUGCAACAACAACAACAACAAGCGCAGGAGCAGCAACAUGAUCAAGGCGACAAUAUUAAGGACUCGGAUAACGCGACCCAUGAAGCACAGAACGAUGUGUAUCCCAUGGAAGACGGCGCCACUCUUCUCGAGCGCUGCAUUCCUGAAGCCAUCACUAGCACGACCGUUGCCAAGGAAACAUUCAUCGUUCGCCCCGCUGACGGAGACAUUUACAGCACUUGGAUGGAUGUUACACACACUUCUGUCCACACUCGGAACGCUCCCACGGAACCCACAUCGCCUCGCCAGGGCGAUGCAGAGUCGAUCUUCUUGGAUAUUGCUGGCUACAAGACCGAGAACGAUGACGACAAGAUCAAGGCAGAGGAUUUAUUAGCAACGCCAACUACUGAAGUCGAGCGAUCAUUAGCUUCGCUCCAAGUAGACACGACGGCGAAAAAAGGAGUAGAGGAGGAGAAACAGUCAGCUCAAGAAGAACAAGGCAUCAAUGGGUCUAGCACCGAAGCUGUUACAGCAGCCACCACCACUGCUGCUGCUGAAGAGAAAGAACUUGGAUCAUUAGAGGAGCAACCACAAGAAGCACUCCAGCAGCAAAUAAAUGACAUCAAACUUACGCCUGGGGAGACUUAUCGGAUCGAGCUGAGCUUAUGUAGCCUUGUUGCAUUGGGCUCUGAUGAGGAAAAGAACGCAGAGAUCUUUGACAAGGAGCAACUCACCUAUGACAACUUUGUCCACAAUCCCAAUCUGCUCAACGAUCGUCGCUUGGUAUUCCGACACCGCAACCGCUAUUAUGCUUCCAGCCACGCUGGCCCCUUGUUCACCUCAUUAUUGCUGUUCCGCAAGCCGCUGGCUGAAGUAGCCGAUGCUGUUCAAGAGGAUCCGACACAGCAACAAGUGUCCGACAGCAGGGAUACCUACUCGUUCGGUCGUGGUUGGCGACAAUGGCUGAGUCGAUCAUCCAUCGCCGCAGGUGGAGGAGCUGCACCUUCUGUUGCAAGCACACCAGCAAUGACACCAUCCGUGGAGGGUGCUGCGGGUGACAUGUUGUCAAUAGCAGCAGCAGCAGCAACAGCAACAGAAACAGAGGCCAAUGAGACGACGACAUUCACGACGACUACCAAAACGACCUCUGUUGGCUGGUCUCCCAACCACACGCAUCCCGAUGAAGAGCCGCUCGAUUUCCCUGUCAAGAACUAUGCCAAGACGCUUCGACUGACAUCGGAGCAGCUCAAAAGUCUGAAUCUGAAGAAGGGAGCCAACAAUGUGUGCUUUUCAGUGACGUCUGCCUACCAAGGCAAGGCAACGUGCACGGCCAAGGUGUUCUUUUGGGACUAUGAUGUGAACAUUGUGAUAUCCGACAUUGACGGCACGAUCACCAAGUCGGAUGCCCUGGGCCACAUGUUUAAUUUCAUUGGCAAAGACUGGACGCACACGGGCGUGGCCAAGUUAUAUACGGACGUUGAAAAGAAUGGGUAUCAGUUUUUGUACCUGACCAGCCGAGCCAUUGGCCAGGCCGACUCGACACGCGACUACUUGCAAAGGGUACAACAGAACCAAUACCAGCUGCCCGAGGGCCCCGUCAUCAUGUCUCCAGACCGUCUGUUCACAUCGUUCCACCGCGAAGUGAUCAUGCGCAAGCCCGAGGUGUUCAAGAUGGCCUGCUUGCGCGACGUGCUGCGUCUGUUUGGCGGUAAAAACCCCUUUUAUGCGGGUUUUGGCAACCGAAUCACCGAUGCGAUAUCGUACCGAAGCGUUGACGUGCCUGCAUCGCGCAUAUUCACGAUUGAUGCGAACGGUGAGCUCAAGCUGGAGCUUUUGACCGGCUUCAAGUCUUCUUACUUGCACUUGAAUGACCUGGUGGACCAGAUUUUCCCGCCCAUCAACAAGGCGAUCCAUGAGGAAUUUAGCGACUAUAAUUUUUGGAAAGCGCCGUUGCCGGAAAUUGAGCUGCCUGAUGAAGAAACUCAACCAACCCCAACCUCUCCUAAAACCAAGCCGAAACCCAUCGUCUCCGAUCCAUCCGCGCUACCGCCCCAAUCUGUGGUCGCUUCUACCCCACCACCCUCUCGCCAGCGUGGUAUCUUGCGCAGCUUCACUUCAAGAUCAUCGACAACAACAACAACAACAUCCUCAUCAACGUCAUUAUCAUCAACGGCUUCAAUAACAGCAGCAGCGACUGCAAUACCCGCAUAUCCCUCCUCCUCCAGUCUUAAAAUCGCAGCUUCUUCGAGCACGCCAGCCUUGUCAACAACCACAACCUAUUCUCCGUUAUCUUCGUCACCUCCUGCUCGGCAUUCGGCAACAACCCCGCCGCCUGUCGUGGGCAGUCCGAUCGAGCCAUCCUCGCCGCUGACAAGCGUUGCUUCAACCGACGAUCCAACCACACCCGUCGAUGGUUCAUCCGGUGGUAUUGUAAACAAGGUACUGGGCGGUGUCUUCUCGCGCACGUUUGCAAGCAAAUCCACGACAAAUGUCAGUUCAACAACGUACGAAGACUAUGAAGAAGCCGACGACGAUGCGUUUGACUCCACGCUGGACGCGAUUGCAGACGAAAUCGAUAUGGACAACAUCCCAUUCAUAUAA